AUGAGUGAAGAGGCGCCCAUGAUCGAAGAAAGGGAAGAAAUUACGGAAGAACAGUCGGAGCGAAUGAGAGGGCGGACGCCCGAAGAGGAAGAAGGUGAAGGAAGUGAGGGCACGUUGCGAGGAUCCGAAGGCGCCUCAGUCACGAAAAAAGAAUUGUUCCGGAUCAUUGAGAACCAAGAUGAGGCGAUCGAGGCGCUGCGGCGUGAAGUGGACGCCUUGAGAAGGGGUGAAGGGAUGACACCCAGCCCGACGAAGAAAAGAGAAAGGGCGGAAGAGACAGAGAUUGAAUCGGGGUGCCCGAGGCGUCCCGGCCUGUGGCGCCCACGCGAUCACGGGGCGCCGGAUGAGAGUGGAUGGAAUGGAGGAAUAUUGGGGCGCCUUUCACGCCACUGUCCUGUGAGACAGCCUCUGGCGCGUUGCAUAUUAACGGAGCCAGCCGGAACCAACAUCCCCCCACUCCCAGCUUAUGACGGGACUGGAGACCCCGAGGACCACCUCAACGGAUAUUUCACCAAAAUGCAACUCUAUAACAGCACAGAUGCCACCCUGUGCAAGGUGUUUCCGUCCACCUUUUCGGGUGUGGUUCUCGAUUGGUAUCAUCAGAUCGGUGAAGGGCGCAUCGACUGCUUCGAACAGUUCGCAGCAAUGUUCUUGGCGAAGUUUGCCAGCAGAAAAAGGCGCUCCUUGACCAUAGGCGCCUUGUUUAAAGUCAAGCAGAAAGAGGGAGAGGCGUUACGGGAAUUUUACGAGAGGUGGCUAUCUGUGGCUCUAGCAGUGAAGGAUGCCCAGCCGUCGGUGCUGGGGGUGUGUCUGAAUGAGUGCACCUCCAGUGAGGAGUUGUGCAGGGCGCUUGCGAAGAGAGAUGUGGUGUCCACAGAAGACCUGGAUUAUAGAGUGCAAAAGGUAAUUGUGCUGGAGGAGACAAUAGCGGCCAGGAGGGCAGAUCGAAGGAAGGCACGAGUAGAGGAGGUCGAGGUACCAAGGAGGCAGUACCCAACGAGCGGUUCGGGCUAUGCGCCCACGAGCCAGCCACCGCCAAGGAGGAACGAUAUGGGGCGCCAGGCGCCUAGAGGGGCUGGGCCCUUCGCCGAGUAUAACGACACCCUGAAGAAUGUGCUCCAGCACGUCAAGGACAAGGGAUACCACAUCAGGUGGCCAGGGCCGAUGCGGGGGCAACCCAACGAGCGGAACUUGGACCGGUACUGCGACUUCCACCGUGAGAUUGGGCACUACACAGCUGAUUGCUACCAACUUAAGACAGAGCUACAGGGUCUUGCGGACAGGGGAAUGCUCAAUGACUUCAUCAGAAAGCCCGAGGAAAGAGUGCAUAGGGCGUGUGUGGCUGGAGUAGUGAGAACAGGGGAGGAGCUGCCACCACCACCCUAUGACUUGGACCAAGAAAAGGCGCCUGACCGCGUGCGCCUGACGAUUGAAGCCAUUUCAGGGACAAUGGAUCUGAGGGAGAAAAUAGAAGCAAAGCGUCGGUUGAGGGCGGCGUCGGCAGAUGUGCAGGAGUCGAUCGACAUUAGCUUCAACAAGGCGCCGGAGGAGGCGUGUAUGCUCCCGUCCAUGGACGCCUUGGAGAUACAAGGGGUAGUAGCCGGAUGCAGGGUAAGGAGAAUGUUGGUAGAUACAGGAAGCUCCAUGGAUGUGCUGUUCAAGGAUACGGUGAUUCGCAUGCAACUAUCUCCAGAGAUGAUCAGACCAUCGGAGUCGGUACUAGUAGGCUUUUCGGGGGCGCCUGCAAGAGUGAUUGGGCGGGUAUGCCUGCCCGUCACGUUGGGAGAUGGAGAGCAAAGGGUGACGCGCGCCAUAGACUUUGGGAUAGUGGACUGCCCUUCCCCAUACAAUGCGAUCCUUGGGAGGCCGCUCCUGGCUUUGUUUAAUGGGGUGGCCUCCACUUGUCAUCAGACCUUGAAAUUCAUUGCCCCGCAAGGGGUGGGCGUGGCCCGAGGACGAGGCGCCCCGCGUUACGCGAAGGAGACAGGGCGCAAGCGAAGGCACGUCGAUGCGAGAAUCAAUGUAAUUGAGGUAGGAGAAGACGAGGCGCCCCGAGCCGAGGCAGUCGAUGAGGACCUUUUGAUAGCGUUGGAGGAAGGGCGCCCAGAAAGGUGCGUUAGGAUCUCGGCAGAGGCGCCUGCCGAGAUGAAGGAGCGGCUCAUUGCGCUUCUAAAAGAGUUCGCAGAGCUUUUCGCUUGGAGUGCCAUGGAAAUGCCGGGCGUCAAACCCGAAACAGCAGUGCACAGAUUAGCGGUUGAGGAAGGGAGACGUCCUGUGCAACAGAAGCGCAGGAACUUAUCGCCGGAAAAAGAGGCAGCCCUAAGGGUUGAGGUGGACAAGCUUAUGGGCGCCAAUUUGGUGGAAGAAACUUCUUAUGUUACCUGGCUGUCGAAUGUGGUGUUUGUGCCCAAGCCGUCGGGCGACUGGAGGAUGUGCGUGGAUUACACAAGCCUCAACAAGGCGUGCCCAACGGACGCCUACCCAAUGCCACGGAUAGAUUUGCUGGUGGACUCCACGGCAUACCACGAGAUGCUGAGCUUCGUGGACAUGUUUUCAGGAUACCAUCAAAUCCCCAUGGCAGAGGAAGAUCGGCCCAAGACGGCUUUCAUGACGCCUUUCGGAAAUUUCUGCUAUCGGGUCAUGGCCUUUGGGCUCAAGAAUGCGGGCGCCACAUACCAAAGGAUGGUCAACAACGUCUUCCAGCAGCAAAUUGGCCGGAAUGUGGAAGCUUACGUGGACGACCUCAUAGUCAAGAGUCGGAAACGGGAAGACCACAUUGGAGACUUGCGAGAGACAUUCCAGGCCAUGAGGGCGCAUAGGCUCCGGCUAAACCCCCUCAAGUGCGUAUUCGGCGCCGAAGCGGGAAAAUUUCUGGGAUUUAUGAUCACCAAAAGAGGUAUAGAGGCCAACCCGAAGCAAGUGGAUGCGAUCCUUAAGCUGACCCCCCCAAAGACGCCCAAGGAAGUGCAAGGCCUGGCGGGCAGGCUGGCAGCAUUGGGGCGCUUCAUCCCCCGGUCCGCGGACAGGGCCACCCCUUUCUUUCGAACGCUUAAAAAGGCAGCCCGUUUCCAAUGGACCACCGAGUGUGAUGGAGCAUUCGAGGAGUUGAAGCAACUAUUAAGCGCCCCAACCGUGAUGACGGCGUCUAGGGCGGGAGAGCCACUAUACCUGUACAUUGCUGUGUCGGAGGUAUCGGUAAGUGCAGUGCUCGUCAGUCGCACUAUGGUUCCCCACGAAAGGCGAUACGCGCCCAUUGAGAAGGCCGCGCUGGCGGUUGUGAUGGCUGCAACCAAGCUUAGACCUUACUUCCAAGCUCACACCGUCACAGUCCUUACCAACCUCCCUCUGAAAUCCACGUUGGGGUCAAUGGAUGUGGCCGGGCGCCUCGUCAAGUGGGCAGUCCAGCUAAGCGAGUUCGAUGUCAGAUAUGCGCCUCGACCAGCCAUCAAGGCCCAAGUCCUGGCCGACUUUGUAGCGGAAGGAAUAGCUGAGACCGAGAAGGGGACAGAUGAUUGCUGGCAAGUCCAAGUCGAUGGUGCGGCCAGCAGAACGGGCGCCGGAGCAGGAAUUGUGAUGAUAAGCCCGGGAGGUGCGAUGCACGAGGUAGCGCUGCGAUUCGCCACCUUGAAAACAAACAACGCUGCAGAGUAUGAGGCGGUGAUCGCUGGCCUGACCAUGGCUAAAGAGCUGGGCGCCCACAAAAUCCAGGUCAAGUCCGACUCGGCCCUCGUCGUCAACCAACUUAACGGAGCAUUCGAAGUAAAGGAGGAAGCGCUAGAAGUAUACGUGCAAAGGGUCAGAGAGCUGGGAGCCUGGUUUGGGGAAAUCUCCUUCAUACACAUCCCGCGUGAGGAAAACGCGCAUGCAGACGCCCUAUCCAAAUUGGCCACCGCGGUAGAGUUUGCGGAGGAUCGGAAGGUCAUUGUCACUGCGGAAGUGCCCCGCCAAUAUGUGGUCGCAAUCUUGGGGGACGAAGGUGCCGGCUCAGGGUGGAUGGCACCGAUCAUAUUAUUCUUGACCCAAGGAACGGUGCCGGAGGACCCAAAGGAGGCCUGGCGCCUCCGUCGAAAGGCGGCCCGCUGCUCCAUGAUUGAAGGAACGUUGUAUAAGAGGUCCCACUCGGGAGCAUAUUUGAGGUGUCUAAACGAGGAGGAAAGCAGAGGGGCAAUCGAAGAGGUGCACAGCGGUACGUGCGGAAUGCACGCGGGGGCGCGCAAUUUGGAAAAAACGCUGCUGCGACAAGGUUAUUACUGGCCAACGAUGAGGCGGGACGCAAGGGCACACGUGGGCGCCUGUCACCAGUGCCAAAUUCAUGCAAACGACAUUCAUGUCCCGGCGGCGCCCAUGCAAGGCAAUGUAGGGGCCUGGCCUUUCGCCCAAUGGGGCAUGGACCUGUUAGGCCCUUUUCCCAAGGCGCCCGGGCAAAUGAAAUACUUGAUCGUGGCAGUCGACUACUUUUCCAAAUGGAUAGAAGCUGAGCCCUUGGCCACUGUUACAGAAGCGCAAGUGCGAAAGUUCACCAAGAAAAACAUAUUCACCCGGUUCGGCCUACCCGAGUCCAUUGUCGCAGACCAUGGGAAGCAAUUCGAUUGCAAGAAAUUUGUUGAGUUUUGCGAUGACAACGGGGUCGUCCUGCGGUUCUCCUCAGUGGCAUACCCGCAGGCAAAUGGCCAAGCGGAAGCAGCCAACAAGAGUAUUCUCCACGGGUUGCACACCCGAUUAGCAGGCGCCAAGGGCAGGUGGGUGGAGGAACUACCAAGUGUACUGUGGGCGCAUCGCACAACCUACAAAACUGCCACGGGAGAAACACCCUUCGCCCUAACUUACGGAAGUGAGGCGGUAAUCCCGGUGGAAGUCAACACCCCAAGCUACCGCGUUGGCCAGUAUGACCCAAGCAGCAAUGGCAAAGCAAGAAUUGAUGAGCUAGACAUGACAGAUGAGGUGAGGGAAGUAGCGGCCAUCCGGCUGGAGAAAAUGAAGCGCCAAGUGGCUCGGUACUACAACAAGAAAAUGCGGGCGCAUGGAAUCACCGAGGGCGCCCUAGUUCUCAAGCGUGACUUCCGCCCAGACGCCCGUGAGGGGAAGUUAGCACCAAAAUGGAAAGGGCCAUACCGAGUUCGAGAGGUGGUGGGACCAAGUACGUUCAAGCUAGAGCAUACCAGCGGCAAAAGCGUGACACGAACUUGGAAUGCGCAGAACCUGCGGGUUUACCAUGAGGGCGCCUCCGUUCGAUAA